UCUUAAUUUGUGCAAAUGAAGAUGGGAAAUUUACUCAAGUAUGUUAGUGCAUUUGCCCUGAUAUUUGCAUUGGUGAUAGGAACAUCUCAAUGUCGACAAAUAAAAGAAGAUGAAUAUGUUGAUAACUUUGGUGGAGGUGGCUUGGGUGGUGGUGGUGGUGCUGGCGGAGGUUUUGGUGGUGGCAAUGGUGUUGGAGGAGGACUUGGACAUGGUGGAGGAGUUGGUGGAGGCUUUGGAGGCGGUGCUGGAGGUGGUGCAGGAGGAGGAAUUGGAGGUGGGCAUGGUGGUGGACUGGGUGGAGGUAGCGGUGCAGGUGGAGGUUUUGGAGGUGGUAAAGGUGGUGGCCUAGGAGGAGGCAUUGGAGGUGGACAUGGUGGUGGACUAGGGGGAGGAAUUGGUGGAGGUAGCGGUGCAGGUGGAGGCAUUGGAGGUGGACAUGGAGGAGGAAUUGGUGCAGGUGGAGGUGCGGGUGGAGGCAUCGGAGGUGGUGCUGGAGGUGGUUCAGGGGGAGGAAUUGGAGGUGGGCAUGGUGGUGGACUAGGUGGAGGUAGCGGUGCAGGUGGAGGGAUUGGAGGUGGAAAUGGGGGAGGAAUUGGUGGAGGCGGUGGUGCAGGUGGAGGUGCGGGUGGAGGCAUUGGAGGUGGUGCAGGGGGAGGAAUUGGAGGUGGGCAUGGCGGUGGACUGGGUGGAGGUAGCGGUGCAGGUGGAGGGAUUGGAGGUGGAAAUGGAGGAGGAAUUGGUGGAGGCGGUGGCGCAGGUGGAGGUGCGGGUGGAGGCAUUGGAGGUGGUGCUGGAGCUGGUGGAGGUGCCGGAGGAGGCUUUGGGGGUGGUGCUGGAGCCGGUGGAGGUGCAGGUGGUGGUUCAGAGGGAGGAAUUGGUGGGGGUAAUGGAGCAGGUGGAGGAUUUGGAGGUGGUGGAGGUACAGGUGGGGGUUUUGGAGGUGGGGCAGGAAUCGGCGGAGGUGCGGGUGGAGGUACAGGAGGUGGUGCUGGAGCUGGUGGAGGGGCAGGUGGAGGAUUUGGAGGUGGUGCUGGAGGUGGUGCAGGCGGUGGCUUUGGAGGUGGCGCAGGAGGAGGUGAAGGUGGUGGCGACUUUGGUGGAGAUAGGACUUGAUUUAAAAUAUUCUUAAUCCUAUUAUGGAAUGUAUUGCGCUAUUUAUGGAAACAAUGAAAUAAAUAUAACUUCUUGCUAGAGAUGGCAUGAUCUUGAUAUA